UGAAUUAAUUUUGUUAUUGGGAUUGCACAUCGCUAUCAUCGCAGCACGUGCAGAAAUAAAUAAAUAAAUAACUGGUCGGUGGGCUCCAUAAAAAGAAAUUAUGGGUGGCAAGGGUAAAGUUAUCGGCAAAAAGCGUAAAUUUCAAGGGCAUAAAGAAGAUGACCCAGAGUUUGACUUGGCAAAAAAACAUUUGAAGACUUCCCAUGUUCGCUCCAUGGAGAGGAGGUUGAUAAUAGUUCUUGAAGGUGCCCAACUGGAAACUGUAAAGGUGGGGAAUACAUUUGAAUUGCUAAAUUGUGACGACCAUGCAAAUAUUAUGCGCAAAAAUAACCGUGAUCCAGGUUCAUGCAGACCGGAUAUAACGCACCAAUGUUUACUAAUGCUUUUCGAUUCACCAUUAAAUCGUGCUGGCCUUCUCCAAGUGUACCUGAGAACAGAGCACAACGUUCUAAUUGAGAUUAACCCUCAAACAAGAAUACCACGGACAUUUAAGCGUUUCGCAGGUUUAAUGGUCCAACUGCUUCACAAAUUUUCAAUACGAGCAAAUGACACAUCAACAAAGUUAAUGAAGGUGAUAAAAAAUCCUAUAACAGAUCAUUUGCCAGUAGGAUGUAAAAAAUUUGCCAUGUCCUUUUCUGGAAAAUUAAUAGAAAACAUAAGAGAUUUGGUUCCCAACAAAGUUGACGAGAAUGGGGAUGAAGGCGAACCUAUAGUUCUAGUUGUUGGGGCAUUUGCUCAUGGCGUUUUGAAAUGUGAUUAUACAGAGGAAUUGUUUUCCAUUAGCAACUAUCCACUCUCAGGAGCAAUAGCCUGUUCAAAACUUUGCACCGCAUUUGAAGAAGUCUGGGGCAUAGUUUAGUUUUUUUUGUACAAUCAUAAUAAUGCUAGUUAUAAUCAAUAAAUAUGUGCACGUCAGCACUUGCACAUUUAUUUUAUAUA